UCAACAAGAUUGAUGAAUUUUUAAUCAAAUAAAUCUUAUGAUGAUCAUAUGAAAUUAUUAAAUAAUCACAAAUGAAAUUUAUCAAAAUAGAAAAUUAUAUUCAUAAAAAAUUAAUUGUUCAAGUUUCUAUACUUACAAAAUAUUUUAAAAAAUCAAAAACUAUAUUUUUUUUGUUAUUAACAUUUUUACUUUAACCACAAACUAAUAUUUUAUUAUUGAAAAUAAAAAUACAUACUUAAAAAUUCAUUAGACAAUUUGUUUUUUAAUUGUUUUAAAUUUAUUUAUUAUUAUUUUAUAAUAAUACCUUACUUUGAAAAUUUAAAUCCCGAUAAUCUUUAUUAAAUUGACGUCAAAUAUAUAUGGUAAUUAUUAAUCACAAGACAGAUGUUAAAAACUGCGUUAUAAUAAAUAGUCUUUCAAGAAAUUUUCAUCAGCUCACAGUACAUUUAAAAUAGUAGCUUGAAAGUGACAAAAAAAAAAAAAAAAAAUUGAUAAAAUGAAAUUUGAUAUUGAUUCAACAAAAUCAUACAAUAGUAUUCAUCCAACUUACAAUUAUCACGAACAAUUUGCAAAUAAUGUUAACAAUUAUCGUGAUGGAACAAAAUGGAAUGGUAUUUUUCUUGCAUUUUUAUCAGGUGGUUUUUUUACAAUAAGUUCUGGUCUUGUUAAAGCCAUUAAAAAUGUUGAUCCAAUGAUAUUAUUGGGUAUACGUGCUAUUUUACAAAUCCUUGUUAUGGGAAUUGAUGCAAUUAGACAUGGAAAAAAUUUACAAGGACCAAAAGGUUCAAGAAUGCUCCUGCAUUUUCAGGGAAUUGUUGGAGGUUUAACACUUUCAUUAUUAUAUUAUAGUUUUCGUAAAUUACCACUUGGUGAUGCAACAACAAUAAUAUUUAGUUCACCAGUUAUUGUUAUUGCAUUGUCAUUUUUAUUUUUACGAGAACCAUGUGGAUUAUUAAGAGUAUUUGUAAUAUGCUCACUUUUUGCUGGUGUUGUUCUCGUUGCAAGACCACCAUUUCUAUUUCAAAUUCAUAAAUCUGAAAUUCAUCAUUAUGAUGUGAUGGGUUAUAUAUGUGCAAUAUUAGCAACAAUAUUUACAGCAUUAAAUAUUGUCAUAAUGCGUAAAUGUUCUGAAGUACAUUAUUCAGUUCUUGUAUUUAAUUUAUCAUUUUGGAUACUGCUAUCAUCAAUAAUAUUUUAUUUUACAGUAUCAGAAGUAAAAAAUCAUAUUAAAUUAAUACCAUUAGAUAUUAUAACAUGGGGUUUAAUAUUAUUAGUUGCUGUAUCUGGUUUAACUGGACAAAUACUUGUUACAAAAGCAUUAAAAAUUGAAGGUGCUGGUAAAGUAUCAGUAACGAGAUCACUUGAUAUUAUAUUAGCAUAUAUUAUACAAGUUUAUUUUUUUAAUGAUGUACCAAAUUCAUCAAGUAUUGCUGGUGCAUCACUUAUUCUUGCUUCUGUUAUGGCAAUGGGAUUUGAAAAAGAAAUAUAUCAAAUUUGUGAUUAUAUACCAUAAAUAAAUGUAAAUAAUUAAUUAAUUUUAAAAAUGAUAAAUUUUUUGUAAUCCAGAUUAAUUAAAAGAUAAUUAUUAUUUAAAUAACAUUUGGUUUGUUAAUAUAUUCAUUUUAAAAUAUUGUUUAAUCCUCAUAAUAUUUAUAAUUAAAAAAAAAAAAACAACCUAUUUAAAAUUAUUUAAUUUUAUUUGUCAAAUAAUUUAUUCAACACAAUUUUUAUUUACACUUUUUUUUUUUAAUAUUAAAUAUUGCUAAGAUUAAAAAUUAUUUAAUAAAUUUAGUUAAUGUUUUUUUUUUUUUAUUAAAUAUUAUAAUAACAAAUAAAUUUUAAUAUUUUUACUUGAUUAUAAUUAAUUUUAUGGGUCAACUUUUUUUUUUUUUUAUUAAUAAUAAUUAUUUUUUAUUUAUUUAAUAAAUCAACUUACAUAUUUAAUUGUUAUUUUUAUUAUUAUCGUAAUUUUGUUUCUUGCUUUUAGUUUGAUUCAAUGAUUUUUCAUCAAACGAAAAUUGAUUAUUUUUUAAACAAUUGUAAAUUGUUUUUUUCUUUUUUUUCAUUAUACAUUUUUUUUUUUAUUUAUAUAAUAUAUAUUUUUUUUUUGUUUAUUAAUUAAGUAAUAUUUUUCUAUAUAAAAAAAGAAAAAAUAUAUUUAUAUAUUUCGAUGAAAUAAAAGAAAGAAAAAUUUUUUAUUUUAAAUUAAUUUUCGAAAUUAAUGUCAUCUUAAUGAUGUAGGAAAAUAUUUUAUAUUAAAAAUUAUAUUUUUAUGAAAAAAUUUAUCUUGAUUUUUGUAUUUUUCCAUAAACUCAAUUUAGUUAAUUUCUAAAUCAGCAUUUUACUAUUUUUAAUGAUUUAUAAAAAAAAUUUUUAAAUGUAAUUUCAAUGUGAUUAAAUCGAGUAUCGAAAAAUUAUUUGAUUAUUAAUUUCUAGAUGUUUUAAACUUAAAGAUAAAAUUUUUUUUUGUAAAUAAAAUUAACAACUUAAUGGAUAAAUAAAAUUUACAUAAUUUU